AUGAAAAUUUUGAUAGAUACUGGUGCAAAUCAAUCAUUCAUCAAUGAAAAAUCAUUAAGAUCCACCAAUCAUCCAAAAUAUUUAACUUCACAAAAGUACCAAUUCUUCAUGGCAGACGGAUUAACACCAUUUAUCGUCACCGGCGCUGUUCAACUGAAGAUACAGAUGAAUGGUACAUCUACAACAAUUACAGCAUUGGUAGCCCAGAAUUUAUGUACUGACGUAAUUUUAGGUAUGGAUUACAUCUUCAAAUAUGAUUUAGGAAUACAACCACAGCACAAGACUGUCUCUAUUAAAUCAUAUGGCAAAAAGACCAUCAUUCCAAUGGAUAAAGACGUAACACAAAUUCGCCUCCCUGUCAAAUUGUCUCGUUCGAUACAAAUACGACCAGAAUCAGAACAAAGUAUAUCUGUCGAUGUAGGUGUUUCAGCGGCAAUUUUGUCGUUUCGUCCAUCCUCUAAUUUUGCUCAACGUACCUCUACAUUCAUUCCACAUUCACUACUAAAUAUCCAAAAUUAUCGAACGAAUUUGACAGUGUAUAAUCCGUCAAAGUUUCCAUGUUAUAUUAAGAAAGGAAUCAUCUUAGGAAUUUCAACAUAUCAAGAUCACUAUGCAUGCAAUGAAAAUGAUAAAUUAAAUGAUAAUGAAAUUACUUACUCUGCCGGUUCAGCUGGCAUGAGGGCGAAUGGAAUUAAUGCAAUUGAAUCAACAUCUGUAAACGAUAAAGUCCAACAAGAAAUUUUAAAAUUAAUUGAUCAUAUUAAAGAUAAAGAUCAACAUCACAAAUUGAAAUCAUUACUAUAUCAAUUUCAAAAAACAUUUGAUACAAGUCAAUAUACAACAGCAAAAACAAUAAUUAUGCAUGCAAUUGAAACUUAUCCACACACACCUCCAGUAUCCAAAUGUUAUCCAAGUAAUCCAACGUCCAUUGAAGAAAUGCGUGAGAUCGUCAAUAAGCUAUUGGAAGCUGGUCUUGUACGUAAAUCCAAAUCACCAUAUGCAGCACCUGCUUUGUUAACAAGGAAGAAAGAUAAUACAUGGCGAUUAGUGGUAGAUUACAAGAAACUUAAUGCAGUUACCAUUAAGGACAAUCAUCCAUUACCAAAUAUGGAGACAACAAUCCAGACAUUAGGUGGCGGCUAUAAUUAUUUUACAAAAUUGGAUUUAAAAUCCGGAUUUUGGCAAGUGCCAAUAGCUGAGAAAGAUCGUCACAAGACAGCAUUCACAACACCUUUUGGCUUAUAUGAAUGGAACGUCCUUCCACAAGGUCUUCGUAACGCGCCGCCUACAUUUCAGCGUAUUAUGAAUCAAGCUUUAUUGUCGUGUACAAAAUUUGCAUUAGUGUAUCUGGACGAUAUCAUGGUUUAUUCCAAGACGUACGAAGAACAUUUAUAUCAUGUACAACAAGUAUUACAUGCAUUAAAAUUACAUAAUUUAACAUUAAAUCCAUCAAAAUGUGAAAUUGCAAAACAGCGAAUUGAAUAUCUGGGACAUAUCAUUACAUCAUCAACCGUCACUCCAUUGAUGGACAAAAUUAAAGCUAUUCUGUUAUUGAAAGAACCAAAAACAUUGGCACAAGCAACUCGUUUCAUUGGCGGAUUGUCAUGGUAUCGGAAAUUUAUUCCACAAUUUGCGACCAUUGCAGCACCGAUACAUGCCAUUACCAAUUUACCAAAACAGACCAGAUACAAAUUCAAAUGGGCUCAAGAACAAUCAAAAUCGUUCCAUGCAUUGAAACAUCUAUUAACGUCAAAACCAUUAUUAUUAGAUUUCCCGGAUGAUACAAAACCGGUUAUAGUAACUACAGAUGCAUCUAAGGUGGGAAUUGGAGGUGUGCUUCAACAAGAAAUUGGUGGUGAGAGAAAAACACUUUAUUAUCAUUCUGAAUUAAUGUCACCAUGUCAGCAACGUUAUCACCCAAUGGAACAAGAAGCACUGGCUAUAUUUAAAUGUAUUACAAGAAUGAGAUCAUUUCUUAUUGGUCGAAGUAUCAUAAUCUAUACAGAUAACUGUCCUUUGUGUCACAUGAUGGAGAAAAAAGUUGCAAAUAGAAGAGUGGAAAAAAUGGCAUUAUUAUUACAAGAAUAUAAUAUUGAACAGAUAAUUCACAUAAAGGGAAGAUACAAUUGCUUACUGGAUUAUCUUUCAAGGCAUCCAAUAUCCAACGACGAUGAAUUAUUUGAUUAUGAAUACGGAUUAGAACCGAAGAAUGAAACUUCGCAGCCUCUAAUAGGGCGUGCGGCGGCAGUGAUUACAAGAUCAAAAUUUAAGGCCAAUGCUACCAAUCCAUCCUCGAAUCCACCAGUACAACAGCAGCCAACAAGUCCACAAAUCGCACCAUCCAUUGUGUCAUCUCAACCACAUUAUAUCAUUGAAAAUUUUGAUAUUACCAAGCUAAAAGAAGAACAGAAGAAUGAUAUCAAUAUACAGAAAAUUAUUAAUGAUUUGAAGAAGAAUCCAAAACUAUCGUUUGAAUUAAAAGAUGACAUUUUAUACAAGUUGAUAUUAAACGAUAAUGGAAAAACAAAAAGAAAAGUUAUUUAUAUUCCAUCGUUGAUGAUUAAACCAUUGAUGAUUUCAUAUCAUGAUAAUCCACUGAUAGGUGGUCAUUUUGCCAGCAAUAGGACAUUGAACAAGAUCAAGCAACAGUUUUGGUGGCCACAAAUGAAACAAUCGCGAGCUGGUUUUCUUCAUCCAAUUCCACCUCCAGACGGUCCAAAUCAAUUGAUAGGAAUAGAUUAUUGUGGGCCAUUUCCACAAACACCAAAUGACAAUAGAUAUGUCCUAUGUUUAACUGAUUAUUUUACCAAAUUUGUUACAGCCAUUCCACUGCCUGAUUGCUCUGCACAAACCACAGCUCAAGUUAUAUUUACACAACAUAUAUGUAGGUAUGGCGUACCAAAAGCAAUAUUGUCAGACCAAGGUACCAGUUUCAAGAAUCAACUGAUGCAUGCGAUUACAAAAUUGAUUGGUUUUAAUCACAUAUUUUCUACUCCAUACCAUCCCCAGACAAACGGUCAGGUAGAACGCUUUAAUGCAACGUUUAUUACACAAAUUGCAAAAUUAACUGAUAAUGAAUCCAACAAUUGGGAUGAGUAUUUGUAUCCUGUCGUCUUCGCAUAUAACACCGGCAUCCAUUCGACGACAAAUUUUAGUCCAUAUGAAUUGACAUUUGGCAGCAAAGCAAAUUUACCAACAGAUCAUCCACCGUCGACGUUUACAUCUGGCAAACCAAAUGACUAUUUCUAUCAAUUGAUACAGAAUUUGAAACGUUAUCAUGCAACAGCAAAAGAGAAUAUUUUACACCAACAACGACUUUAUAAGACCAGAUAUGAUCGUCAACGUCAAGAUUGCGAAUAUGAUUUAGGUGCAACAGUUUUAACAAGGAUUUUCACAACUAGAUCAAAAUUAGAUCCGAAAUUUUCGUUGGUUCCAAAAAUUAUCAUUAGAAGAUCUCAUCCAGUUUAUUGGGUGGAAGAUAUGGAAACGAAAGAAGAAUCAAGGGUACAUGUGAAUGAUAUACGACCUUUGAUGAUUGCAACAAGCUAUUAG